AAUCUCUUCCUUUUCUAAAUUUGAUUUACUCUAUCUUAUUCACAUACACUUUUCUUUUAUGGGAUCAAUAGAAAAGACGGUUCAUGAUUUGGAGCUUAUUGAUGCUUCGACCUCGACAAGUGACAGUAUCGAACACGACCGCGAAAGCCUCCAUCAACCAUUGACUUGGCUUUCACCUCAGUUGGUCAAGCACAAAGUUUGGAAACGACAUGUCUGGUUAGUUCUUCAUACCUUGAUACCACGUUGGGCAUUUGUUUUUAUGACUAGCGACAAUCGUAAGGAUAUGGAGAGUCUUGUGGCCACUCUUAUUGGAUCGUCCUCGACAAUGGCUUCCCUACGCGCCACCAUGGCACAAAUAAGUUUACCGUUACUUUUGGAAUGUAUUCGUGAUCUUCAUACGACAGAUCCGACUUUUUCUUUGGAUGUCCUUGAUGCUUAUACGACUUUGUUGAAAAAGAUGAGUGGACCUCUUGUUUCUAUUUAUCUUCGUCAUGCCAAUGCAAUCAUAGAUCUCUCUUCAUUUUGCUCCCUUUUGUGUUCCAUUCCUUCUCGACUUUCCAACGCUUAUGGAAUGCAACAAGCUAUCAAUAACUCCCAUCGAUAUUGGUAUUUGGACAGGAACUUUUAUCCUUCGUUGGCCAAGUAUAUUGCGUUGGAGAUAGAUUUUGUUUAUGAUAUGGUGAAAUCAUCCUUUGGUAGUGAUGUAAAACAAGCAAGUGGAUGUUUGGAUAUGGCUGGUGAAUUGGUUGGAAAAAUGAUUCGACAAGGAUACCAAGAUGUGUGUAUGGAAACGAUGAUCCCUAUAGCUAGACAGCAAUAUACAACACAUUCUGAUCCUCAAUGUAGCUCAGUUUGGGAUCAACUGUGGACUCGAUGUGAAAAAACUGCACCAGCCGAAAAAUUAUAUGAAGCCAUCCUAGGUUAUAUCAACAAGCAUAUGGCACCUCUACAAGAAAAACAUGCAACUUUUACUGUCAGUAACAACUGUUCAUGGUCAAAUUUUACAAGACCUAUUAUCCAACACACUGCCUCACAACUUGCCCCAGUCUUAUUUUUCAACAAGAAUUUAUCAACACCAUCGAAUCAAGUAACACGAAUACAAGCCUUUUUGACUUUUGCAUUAAAAGACACUUCCAAGAUCCGUUUGAAGAAUGAACUGGUAAUAAGAACAGUGGUGGCCAUUGCAGUACAUGCGGUUGGUUUGGAACGUUUGGGAACAUAUGAAAUUAAAGAUGACUGUGUGUUUCGGCUUUCCAUGGUUGCUUCUGAUAUGAUAGUCCAGCUUUUAUAUGAUGUUAUUGAUAUAUGGACUGACCCUGUAUUUAUCAAACAAUCAAGUGAUUCGGAAAGACGUGAUGUGACAACCGUGUUGUUGAUUCUAUUUGGAUAUACUGACAAUACAAUGAUGGAAAAUAUUCAACAAUCCACUGGAAUCAUGAUGGGGAUUUCGACUUGGUUGAAAACAGCUGAUAUUAAUACUGCAAAACUAGCUAUGGUUGUUGCUGAAAGCAUAUCAAGUCGAACAAAGAAUCAGGAUGAUGCAGUACUGGAUUUUGGGAUCCCAAUGGAAUCAUGGUUCAAGAAUAUAAAGGAACUAGCGACAAUUGGCGAUGGAUUGACUCAAAUUGUAGAGACAUACUCAUUCGAAUUGCCAUCUACUGGUACAGCAGUCGAUAAUAAUGAUGAUGAUGAUAUUAUACAGGAAAUAGAGGAAGAUUUGGAUCCUGAUCUCUUGGUAGAUCCUGAUGAUGAAGACGAAGAACAAAUAGACGAAGAGGAUUCUGAUCUGGAACCUUAUCCAAUGGAAGAAGAAUCUGACGAAGAAGAUGAUAAGAAUGAUGACAAGACGGACCCUAAGAAGAAGAAAGCUCGGAUACCAGUAUAUAUAUCUGAAUUGAUCAAUUACCUUAAAGAUUCGGAAGAUCCUGAAAAACUUGAAAUUGGAUUAAAUGCUGCUGAACGUAUCAUACGACAGAAAACAAAUGUUGGAACUGAAAUAGAUGAAUGGGCGAUGGAACUUGCAAAUCGUUUGGUCUAUUUUCCUGAUGUUUAUGAAAUUGACAAUGACAAACAACUACUACAGUCCUCAUUGACAGCAUUAUUAGUGGCAUGUCCUGAAAAAGUGGCUAGUUUCCUGAUUGAACAAUUUUUCAGUCAAAAUACCUCGAUCUUUCGAAAAAACAUUAUCUUGGCAUCCAUCUCUACCUCGAUUUUUGAGCUAUCAGGUUGGACAUCUGAUCACAAAUUGAAUAUGGACUCUACUUUGGCAUUGGAACCCCUCGAUAUGGUAUCGAAGUCAGCAAAUACAACAGGAAAAAUUGUAUUUACUUCAUCAAGGGUUCAAGCUGAUCUCAAACGACAAAAAGGUAUCACAAAGAAUCGACUUUCUGGAUUGGUUGGACGAAGUUUCUUUUUUCCACUGAUCAAUGGUUGGUGGGCAUCACCACAAACAAAAUUAAGAUGGAUUAUAGAAGAUCCUAUGCUAGUAGAAAGAUUUAUUAUGACAUUGAAUGUGAUUAUGCAAUGUGGUAGUAAUACACCUGAUAGACGCAAGAUAGUUAAAGAAUACUUUGAUUAUGCCUUGUCAAUACGAUAUAUACCCAAGUUAUCUACUCAAGGACUUCGUGCAUUACUUAUUGGUAUUCAUACUAUUCUCCAUAUUUGUUAUAAAGAUCAAGGUAGUUUAUUAUUGAAGGAUUAUAGUAUUGAAUUAUCAUCAACAAUACAAUGGUUAGAAGAUAUUUUGGAAAAUUUGACAAAAGAAAAUGAAAUUCAAGAAUUGAUAUUGACAUUAUUGGCAAGUCUAUCAAACAUAUAUAAAAUGAUAAAUUAAUAAAAAUAAAUUUGUAUCAAAAUCAAAUAAAUAUGGUUAAGUUCAAACUCAC